CCGCAUCUUUAAACAGACCCUGGCGGGGUUGUUAUCUAGCCACAAAAAUUGGUUUAUUUACUAAUUGUGUUUGAAAUCUCCUUUUCACUCCUUAUCCUUCCUUUCCGCGCCACCCAUCCUCUGUCCUCUGCUGCUAUCGCUGCCGCUCGUUUUCUUCGACCCGUCUCCGUCCGUUAAGCCGCUGAACGGGAUCUUUAUCGAACAUUUUUGUUUCCGUUAUAUAAUCCCUACACUCAGAAUACCCAACUCCGGAAACUUAAACAUUUAUUUAUGCAUGUCAGGUUUGAUCUGCACUGUGGCUUGUGAAUUAGUUGUGGACCUGCGAAUGCGCCGAGAUCGGUACAGAGCGACAGAAGACGCAAAUUAACUGACAAUCGACGUUGUUUUGAGUAUAGCCGUCUGAUACGUUAACCAAGAGAAUGCCGCUGGAUGAAGAAGGCGCCAAGUGGUCAUGCGAACCAUGUAUCCGUGGUCACCGUUCCUCAAAAUGCCAACAUUUCGAUAGAUUGAUGAUGAAGGUGCCGAAGGCUGGACGCCCACUGGCUAAAUGUCCCCAUCCGAAAGGUACAUGUAGCUGCCAAAAGCUCUAUGCCUUUAUGAUCCGGAUUCCAAAAGGCUCUACCUGUCUUUGUAGACCGGUGUAUCAAGUGCCUGUGGACCCAAACGAGUCCGCACCAACUACACCAACCUCCUUUGCCCCCACUGCGUCACCUGCUCCUGGUAAAGUUCAGAAGUCGUCUAGAAGACAAGUAAAAACGGCGCCGGAGAGCAUUGCGAAAGCCCUAGAUUCCAUACCAGACUUUGGGAAACAGCAUAUUGAAAAUGGCGCGUCCAACCAUCUACCCUCAUAUACGCCUCAGAGCCCAGGAUACGGAACCGUGCAGAACAGCCUGCCUCAGAGCGCCGAUACACCUAGCACUUUAUUACCUCACCAUGCAGUUGACGAUGGUGCAGACCCUAAACCGCAAAGCGGAAGCUGUUGUUCUAAAAAGCCACUACCACCAGUGCAAACCAAGCCUCAAGGCUCUUGUUGCAAAAAGUCUGAACCCCCAGCAGCCCAAAAUGGGCACAGCGCGGAACUUACAACCAACGGAUCGAGCGUCUCGUUUACGUCGCCUUUGAAUGCAACCUCGUUUACAUCUCUUUCCACACCUUAUAUUUCUUCAUGGCAGGAAUUCAAUGCAGCCGGACAAAAUAACUUCUACCAACAGUUUGUGCCUCAUCAAUUACCGACUACGCAACCCGCGUACAUGCCCGGCUACACGUUACAUACAGCACCAAAAGCUGUUGAUAUGAGCUUCCCCACGCAGAACAGAAGCGAUGAUGGUUUUACUCAGUCUUUCGUCCCGCAUUCGCACACACAUGAUGGACACAACACUGAAUAUACAGCACCGGCAACUUUCAAUGGUGACCCCACCCAUAACUGCAGCUGUGGCGAUAAUUGUCAGUGUUUAGGCUGUGCUUCCCAUCCAUUCAACAACACUACAAGACAGCAUGUCCAAGAAAUGGGCCUUUUGGUUGCCUUCGAUGGCGAAGACCAGACCGUGGACAAUAUGAACGGCUACCAGACUCCUUCGUUACACGGCAAACGCCCUAGUACCACAUCCCUGGAUUAUUCAUAUGCGAAUUUUAGCCACGCCUUGAAUAACUGUCCCCAGCCUUUAAUGACGCAUUCUUAUGGCGAACAGGCUUCAACCCCGAACAUCAUGAGGAGCGGUUAUUCGUCCCCACCCGCUGAAUAUAUGUCGGAGCAACAUUUGAUGGAGCCGUCAGAAUAUUAUACUCUUGAGUAUCCAGUCGGCUUGCCAUCUGGCUGCUCUGAUGUGACGGGAAGUUGUCAGUGUGGAAAUGAUUGUUGUUGCGUUGGCUGCCUUACUCAUAGUGGGCAUAAUGGCCUUCCUCUUGAGCCUGUUACUGCCGAGGCCAGCAACUUGUCUCCCAUUGCUCCCGUGGCGUCACCAGAAAACUCAGGCAUUGGCAUUUCCGGGGUACAUGCUUGAAUAAUAUUUCCGUUCCAACAUCGUCUUCCAUGCUGUGAAGUCCUUCAAUCUCAAUAUUUCCAUUCUCGUGGGAAUUUCUGUUCAAAGCUCAAUCCGUUUUCUACUUAUUCUCACAUUGCGUUUGUUAAUCGGCUAACUGAUAACCAUGAUACCCCCAAUAGAUGCUGGACAUUAGAAUUCUUAACACUUCCUGUCUGUGUGUGUAAUUGUUUUCUUCAAUUCGUUGGGCUGGCUUAAUCGACGCGUGCAACGGUAUAUCCCCUCUCUUACUCUCCGGUCAGCAUUUUAUCCUCUCUUGUAUUUGCCUGUGUCCCGAUCAUGGAAUUGUCCUGGCGACGGGUCUCACAAGCCCUUACCAAUGUACAUAAUGUUGCAAGGGGGGAUAUAUUGAAAUGACAAUGGAAUACCAAAGAUUUUGGAUCUCAUCACAUGGUCGUCGCACUUUUUCUACUUAAGUCUUGUAAAUAGACUCAACUGAAUAUACGUCAACCAUCAGGGAUCUAGUCUUUUUAAUACAUCGGUAAUGCAAACCAAAGGCGUAAACUUCAAAGUGAA